UCGCCCGUCGCCCACCACCACCGCCCACCGCGCCUUCCUGUCCUAGUCACCUGUGCAGAUCCCCCCCGCCGCCUUUAUUAUUCUUACCUUGGCCCCCCCCCCCGAGCAGACAUUCAAAGUCCCUCACCGCAACCAUGGGCUUUGGAGCAAGUGACAAUGGCGUCUUCUUCGACAGCUGGCAGCUGUGGCAGAAGAUGACUUUUGUCCUCGCCUGCGGCAUCGUCGUCACCAUUGUCAUUGGCUUCAUCAAGCUGGCCUAUGACAAGCGCAAGGUCCGCAAGUACAGCAAAGUCGACAAAGGCAAACGUGCCCAGUCGCCCGAGAUGCUCGAGGCCCAGCCUGUCACGCAGGCAAACGAUGAGACAAAGGACGAGAUUCCCUUUGGUAUCCGUGCCAUUCAGAGCGGUAUCGAAGUCGACGGUGUCUGGAUCUCGCGCACCAACACGCCUGUUGGUAGCAGCCGCGCUUCGGUCAUGAGUGAAAAGUUUCCCCGCGGCUUCAACAGCACCUCGCAGCUCGAGCUCCCACAGCCAGUCGCCCAGGGCUCUAGCCGCAACAGCUCGCGCGCCCCCAGCUCUUUUGACCGUGCCGUCUCCGCCGAACUCGUCGCCAGCUCAGACUCUCGCUCUUCGUCGCCCCCUCAGCCCCAGGGCGCCGAUGCCUCGCGCUGCACCAACUGCCACCACCACGUCUCGCGCUCUGCCAACCCGGCCGGUCCUCCAUCUCCAACUCGCGCCACGCCUCUUAGCCAAGCCGGCUCAUCCAAGCGCUCAAGCAGCCGAACCAGUGACGAAUCUGACUACAUGGCGCUAGACCCCAAUGUCCGCAACUACGAGACGGCUUACUUCCCGCCCAACGUCGUCCAACGACCCAUUGACCCCAAGACGGAUCUCGAAUUGCUCCGCAGCCACCGCCUGUCGCACGUGGCCGAAACUGGACAGCUCACGCCCCGAGUGCGCAAGCCAGGCCACAGCGGAGAAUGGUCCAGCGUCGCCGACAACAAUGUCUCGACGCUCAAUGGCGUCAACUACUUUAUGCCUUCCAAGUCGCCUUCGCCGCCUCUCCCUCAUACUGCCUACAUCUGUGAAGACGCUGUAUCUUCCUCGGCAGGUCCCAGCCACGAUGGCCACGCCGCAAACCAGGCCAAGCAGGCCGUGCCCCUGACGGAAUCUUACGCCCCCAACGCUCCCUUCUACCCUGACUCGUAUCAGCCCCAUGGCCCAAGCCAUCAAUACAGCUACGAUCAGGUCCCCUAUGAAGUCAUGACGCAGCAAAACCAAGAUCGCGACGACCCGGUCCUGCGCAAAGUCAACCCGGGCUUCGAGAUUCUGCGCCCCGGCACCUUCAAGGACCCCACGCCUGAGGAGGUUGAGCUUGCCGAGCGGAGAGCAUCCAAGAAGCUGCAAAAGAAGCGGAGAACAUCGGGCGACUCGCGCCAGUCGGCCUUUGUUGAACAAGUCUAAUUCUUGUUCGUAAAGUGUCGCCUCGACUGGACUAUCGCCGCCACGGACUCCCCCUACCACGACUGCGUGCCGGUACCAAGCCGUGCAUUGAAAAUUUUUACAGCGUUUUAAUCUUGUACCAUGUGGCAAUAUUGGGGCUUCUUCUGGGCAGCGUUUGGGCAUCUUGCAUGUAUGUUUUGGACAGGCCAUGGCCAAUACUAAGUGUGGUUUUUUUGUUGUUUUUCCUCCCUCUCUCUCGUACUAUUUCCCCCCCCCCCUCAUCCGCCGCAAACUGGUUGCUUGGCAUCAAGGAUUGCGAGCAGCGUUGUAGUAAUUAUUAUCAGUCCCUCUUUUUUUUUCCGACGGCGUUUAUCGGCACUCAAAAUGGGGGGAAGAGAGAGACACACCUCUUAACGAAUCUGCUCGUGGGUUUUGCAUCGAGGCAACCUGGGAUUAAAGUCCUCAUUUGCAUAAGCAUAUAGUGGUAGAAUAACGAAUCUUUCUGCCUUU